UGAUAAUCUUGGAUAAUCUUCGAUAAUUUUCGAUAAUUUUUGAUAAGUCUAUUUGAAAAAUACCAGGAAUUAAUGAGUGAUUCGUUCGUUUAAAUGAUCCGGUGAAUUUAAUCGCCAGACGAAAUUUUUGAGGGAUAGAUCAUCAUCAGGUGGAUCACUUUAUUCUCUCAGGAAGAAGAGAGAGAAAAAAAAAGUGGGAACACGUCAAAUGAAAGGAACCGAGUGAAAGAGAGCAAGGAGACGUGCAUUAACACAAGCUGACCGAGUUUUACGUACCCAUGUAUUACAUCCCCCACCAUCUGGUCAUUUACCCAAGCGUCAAGUCUCGAGUCUCAGAGUGUCUCCACGAGUGCCAGACUACACGUCGUCAUUGGGUCAAGCCCCAGGGCAAAUCCAAAAGGCACCCCCAGGUGGCAUUAUCAAAAUUUACCCAAUAAUAAAACGUGAACUCAAAUGAUAUCGAAUAAAACGAGUGAAUCAAGAGGGGAUGUGAAGUGAAUGGCUUGAAGGUUAGUGAAGUUCAUGUGCGCAUGGUUGUGUAGGUCCGGGCCAAUUUACUGGUUGUGGUGGUUAUAAGGGGGUGAUUAUUAUCUUUAUUAUCCCAACGCUUCUUUACAGGACAGGCAAUGGCUGCCAUCCGAUACAAAUUGUUCUCUCAAAUUCUCCAGAAAGUGUGAUGUCCACCGAUAUUAUCCUGCUGGCAUCAGCUAUUCCGGACAACUGGCGAUAUGAAGACAGAAUUUUUAGUAUUGGAUAUUUAGACUGGGGGGGAUGUCAAGUCGAUAGUGUCAGUGAUAUGAAGGCGAAGGGGACUGUUAAGUGUAAAGACGUUGAGGUGGAUUCGAUUGAGGCCAAUGAGAGCUAUGACGAGUUCAAUACUGUGAUGGUGCCUGUGUCGAGGAGUCUUAGUCGUAGUCCACAGAGUGAUGAGGGUAUUGAGGCCGAUGCUGAGGCUAGGAGAAGUGCUGUUGCCAGAUCCUGGAGUAUCGAUUCUAAUGGCGAUGAAUCUGAGGGCAAGGGAAAUAUCUGGCAGAAACGACAGGUCAAGCACAGGGUCACCAGAUGCUGCAGCUCUGAUAGUGCUGUGCUCAGUGAUGAUGAUCAGAUUAAGGGAUGGGAUAAUGCGAUCAUCGGGGAUCGUAGUGAGUGCGACUCCACGGAGGAGAGACCCAGGUACUGGAGGACUCCUAGUGUCGUCGUCAGUGAUUAUUCGGAUUAUUCUUAUCUCGAUGAGAAGUACGACAGGAGCGACUUGGAACUGGAGAAGUUCGAGAACUCUGGGACACCCAGUCAAGCCAGUAGUUGCUCCUGUCUCGAUUGCGAUGAUAUCCGAGAAUUUCAAGACUUAACUUCACCGAUUGACGGUCAAUUACUCCAGGUCUGUGGGCAGAGGAGGCAUUCCGACUCUUGCUGCACUUGCUUGCCCAGUAGCAGCAUCAACACCGGAGUUGUCAAUGGAAAUCCCAGUAGACGAAACUCUUGCAUGGCGACACCAAGCCCAUACUCAUCGAAAUCAGAAUCCCCGAAUCCUGAUGACGCCAGAACGAGCGUUGAACUCCUGGAGCUGCCGCCAGUUCGAAAGAUAUCCGACUGCUCCACGAAUUCCAGCCUGAGUGGUGAUGACUUCGAGGUCACCGAACUGCAGCCAUUAAAGAGCUCACAGAGUUCUGGAUGGAGAAAACUGAGGAACAUUGUUCAGUGGACUCCAUUCUUCCAGAUUUAUAAAAAACAUCGGUAUCCGUGGGUUCAGCUAGCUGGUCACCAGGGUAAUUUCCGUGCAGGUCCAACACCAGGGACAAUCCUGAAGAAGCUCUGCCCCCAGGAGGAGGCGUGUUUUCGCCUCCUGAUGCACGACGUCCUGCGUCCGUACGUUCCAGAGUUCAAAGGAGUCCUGGACGUACGGGAAUCCGAAGAGGAACGUCAGAAUCAUAACUCAGAGGCCCCAACGAAAGACCACACAGAGGAUUCCAAUCAGAGUCCCAUCGUGGCGUCUUACCUCCAGCUGCAGGACCUCCUGGGGGACUUCGACGAGCCCUGCGUGAUGGACUGCAAAGUCGGAGUGCGAACCUACCUCGAGUCAGAACUGGCAAAAGCUAAAGAGCGCCCAAAACUACGAAAGGACAUGUACGAGAAGAUGAUCCAGGUAGAUCCACUGGCGCCGAGCCCCGAGGAACGUCGACUCCAGGGUGUGACAAAACCCCGGUACAUGGUGUGGCGUGAGACAAUAUCCAGUACAGCAACUCUGGGCUUCAGAGUGGAGGGCAUCAAGUUGAGCCACGGUGGCUCCUCCAAAGACUUCAAAACCACUAGAACACGAGAGCAAGUGACUGAUGCAUUGAAAAAAUUCGUCGAGGAUUAUCCACAUGCUGUACCCAAGUAUCUUCAAAGGCUCAAGGCCAUUAGAGCAACCCUCAAGGCAUCGCCAUUCUUUGCGAGUCACGAGGUCGUUGGAUCGAGUCUUCUUUUUGUUCAUGAUGCUAAAAAUGCCGGUGUCUGGAUGAUUGAUUUUGCCAAGACACUUCCACUACCCCAGCAUCUCCAUAAAAUAAGGCAUGACACUGAGUGGGAAGUUGGUAAUCACGAGGAUGGGUAUCUCAUUGGUGUUAACAAUAUCAUUGAUAUCUUUGAGGACAUUAGAAACUCAGAACCGUGAUCAUUGGGUGAAUUUUGUACAAUUGGUGGCACGAGGCUGUGACGUGCUGUGUAAAUGAGUGUAAAUAGAAUGAAUGAUUGAAGAGUGAGGGGAAUUCUUUAGUGAAGUGGAAAAUUCAAUGGCUCUGGUGAAUUGAGGGCUUUUAACUGAUAACUGUGAAUAAUGUAUUUUAGCAAAAUUGUGAGGGAGAUUAAUCUAACUGUUUUAAUCGAAAAUAACUUUGUAUCCAGCCAAUUGAAUCAUUCAACAGGAGAUUGGAAGAAAAGGCGAGGAUAAAGCGAAUUUUAUAUUUCUUUUGAAUAUCGAUCGAUCUCAAAAAAAUCAAUAGGUAUUGAUUCUACGAGGAAAUGGGAGAAAACCUUUUUUGGAGGGAAUUUAAUUCGCUAUAAAAAAUUUAUCUGGUGCUUUCCACUCGGAUCAAUACUUUUUGGUAAUUGAGAGGUUUUAAUCACUGAACGAAGUUUUCAGGAUAAAAUGUAUUUGACGAAUAAUUUGUUUUACCGCUCCACUAUUGAAUUCCAUGGACGUAAACUCGUUAGUUCGAUAGAAUUUUCAAUUUUUUCAUUUGUCGGAUGAUUGUCGAGGAGACUAGCAAUGAGCUGUACCCUCACUUCGCCCACAAAUAGUCCAAGUUGAGAGUACGUAAACUCUGUAGUUCGAUAGAUGGACUCCAAGCCCCUCCCCAUCCCGGAGGAUCCUAGAGAUUCUGAUGUACUUUGCGAAUCGACUUAGUCUAAUUAACUUUUUUUAAAAAAAAAACAACAAACCAAAGACGCGGUAGCUGUACCUAUUACUGGAUGUCAGUCACUUAGAUUAUUGUACAUAAAACCCUGAUUCUUCCACCCUUCGAUAUUGCAAAAUUUAUUAAAAUUAGCUUUUGUAUAAACUGUAUUUGUACGAUUGAAAAAAUCAUUGGUAUUUGAAAAAUCACAAGAAAGCAUUCAACUUGAGUUAUUUCACCAUCUCUUUUAGCUCAUCAAUUUUUAUUAAUUUAAUUUAACUACUUAUACGUAAGACUUUUAUUUAUAUUUUUUGAAAUAACAUUGCGAAAAUCGUCUCCUGAUACGAGCGAUUAUUUUGUAUUCACAAAGCGUAUUCACACGUUUGUAAAUAAAUUGUCAUUUAUCAUAUUUAAGAACAAAAAAAAAAA